GGCUCGUAACCACAUACAAGGAAGGAGAAAAAAACGGAAGGGAAGAGAAAAAUGGCUGAAACGAACACCCUGGCAUCUACCAGAAAAUGGAUCGUGGAGCACAAGCUUCGCUCUGUUGGGUGUUUGUGGCUGAGCGGCAUAGCGGGUUCGAUCGCCUACAAUUGGUCUCAACCCAACAUGAAAACCAGCGUUAAGAUCAUUCAUGCCAGGCUGCACGCACAGGCACUUACCCUGGCUGCAUUGGCUGGGGCUGCAGUUGUCGAGUACUAUGAUCACAAAAGCGGGAUAAAGGCUGAUCGGUAUGCAAAGUUCCUUGAUAUGGACACCCCUGCACACAAAGAUUGAAGGAAGGACCUCAUUGAGCUUACACAAAUGCCGUUGACACGCAUGUUUUUUUUUUGUUUUUAAUGCAGUUGCCCCAACACUUAAAGGAAUUCAUGUAUGUUAUAGUUGGUAGGCAUGCUUCAAUUCUUUGAGAAGAUGAUGAGUUUUAUGUCAGGGUUUUGGCAGUAUGUUAUUGCAUAAGCAAUUGGGGAAAGUUAGAGUAGGAAAAUAAAAAUGUGGAUGGUAGUAUGGGGCACGAGCUACUGGACACUUAUACUCAUUAUUACCCAUAUCAAUUAACAGUGAUCACUCAAUUUGGAGAUUUAACUAUU